GGUCAUCCUCAUAACAUUAAAAAUGGCUGUGGUAUAAUUGGUUGUGUUCUCCUUGUUGCGACUGAACCUUGGACAGUAAUGAUAUUUGCGUUGAUUUCUGGUUUUAUUGCUGGCGUAGUUUUAGUCGUUGUUCUAGAUGUCUUUGCGAUUUGGUAUUGGCUAAGGCUGAAGCCUGUGGAAGAUCCAAAAUUGGUUCCAGAGCAUGUAAAGGUGAAAAACCCGAAGGAUGUGGUUGACUAUUGCAAGUCAGAUGGGGCAACACCAAGCGAAAGUUGCAUGUUUCUUAAUCUCAUGAUAUCUUUUCUUUGGAGAGAAUGGAGGGAUACAGCUGCAGUGAAAGCAUAUUUCAUAAAAAAGAUGAAUUUGGAAUUUCAAGAACUGCUUUUGAACAAGGCUGUUGGAAAAAUGCUGAACCAAAUACGAGUGAAAGAUUAUUGCCUUGGGGACUCUUUGCCUGUUAUCAAGGAAGCCACUGUGAUGAAAGUCCAAUCACGUGAUCCAGAGCAAGUUGCACAGGAACUGGAUUUAGCUUUAGAAAUUGAAUAUUCUGGAGGUUUUCUGAUUUCUUUGGAUGUUGAUUUGUUAUUUGGCAAAACAGCCUACCUAGCAGUCAAAGUAAAUUCAUUGAAAGGCAGAUUGCGGCUACAAUUUACAAGAAUACCAUGUACACACUGGUCUUUCUCUUUUUACGAGGACCCAGAAAUGGACAUUGAAGUGGAAUCACAAUUUAAUGGUAAAAAGUUAGCCAGGUUGACAAACUUGAUAAAGAACCUGAUAAGAAAAUCUGUCAAAAGAAAGCAUACUUUGCCAAGAUACAAAGUUCGAUAUAAACCGUUCUUUCGACAGCCAGUUGUGUAUGAUGGUAAAAAGGAAGUUUUCUUGCACAACAGUCUUGUUACAGUUGGUAAACUAGAAGUAGAAGUCAUGGAUUGCAGUAGGCUAACUUCGUUGCCGCCCAAUUCAUUGCUUUAUUGCAUUGUAUCUGUUGAUUCAUUGCCAUGGAGAGAAGACAUGCCCUUGAAUAGCUCACUCUGGCCUGUGCAUGAGGUUGAGCUGACAAGAACACUGUCUGGAUCUGUCGGUGUUAGUAUAAAGCAGACAUUUACAGGAACAGAAGAAUACCAAAAAGAAUUGGUUGUUGUUGACACUAUAUCGCCACAGUCUCCAGCAAGCUUUUUGGACAUAAGACGGGGGGAUAUAUUACUUGCAGUGAAUGAAGUGGAUGUUGAAACUUUGAAACAAGCCGUCAGACUAAUCAAGAAUGGAGGCGAAAAACUUAUCGUCAGGCUCCAAAGACCGCCCAAUGUUCCUUCAGUUAAUGUUGAAAGUCAAGAGGCAUCUGAUGCGGAGGUUGACAAAGAGGAUUCAGGUAAUGCUAAACCAAAUGAUGCAGUGCAAAGAUCUGAGUUUGAAAACAGUUUCAAUUUUGACAAUGUCACGAUUGCUGAUGACGACAGUGAUGGAGAAGAAUUCGUUAACAUUGUCGUGCAAGAGAUUGAGCGGCAGAUUGGAAAAGAUGAUGAAAAUGUCAAGAAGAUCUUGAGGAAAGUCAGUCAAUCGACUAGAAGAGGCAAGUCAUUGAAAGAAAAUUCUGUUAACUUUAAACUUGAAGACACAGAAACUAAUAAGGAUGCAGAAAAUGCAGCAAAUAUGUCAGGAAAUGAGGAAGGGGAAGCAGAUGAACCAGUUUCAUUGAAGGUUCCUCCGAGUGGUAAUGGACAGAAAAAAGAACCACUAAAGCAUCAUAAUUCUUCCGAUAAGGUGGGUAACGCAAAAACCAAACACGUCAAGUUAAAAGACGAUAAUUUGAGAGAAAAGAGAACUGAGUCUGAUAGAGAAUCGAAUACAGAAAGUGAUCAUCAAAGAAAGAAACAGAAACAGAAUAGUUUACGGCGAAGGAUUUUACACAGAAGGGAUAAGAGUAUUGAAAUUGACAGUGAUUCAUCAGAUGCUCAGAGUUUGCACAGUUUCGAGGCUGAUGGAGACGGAGGCUGGGAUAACAUUUCUCAACACACACUGAUAAGCAAAGAUGAAGUACACCAUUCCGUGCAGAGAACAAGCAUUGUUUCUUCUAAUAAUGAUCCUGCUUGGAAUGAGAGUUUCUCAUUCGAUAUCGAAAAACAGCACAAGUUUUUAAACGUCUGUGUUUGGAGCAAGUCUGAUGAGCGAUAUGGAAAAGACGUUUUGAUUGGAUAUGCAUCCAUAUCUUUGAUGGAAAUUAGUUUAGAGUGCCUAUCAACAACGGCAGGAAAACACACUCAGUCUUAUAUCCUCACGCCAACGUAUUGUCGCUCUGGUGUUAGUCGCACAAGCCUUCGUGUCCUAUUGCCAGGAUUGAAGCCAGAGACAUGCAAUGGUGACAUAACACUGUGUUUCUGUUACAAACCCAACUUGUCUGACACCUCUUUAGAUGUAGAAAGCCUGCAAGAUACGCUGACAGGUCUUUCCAGCAGCGAGGAAACGCAGCCUAUAGAUCAGCCAACACUUAAUGAUGUUGGCCAGAUGGAUACCAAACAAAGACAUGAUUUCAUGGACACACAAUUUUACUUUCCCACAAGAUGCGAUUAUUGUCAGAAAAAGGUUUGGACCAAAACUGCUUAUCAGUGUCGUGUUUGCGCGAUGAUUUCUCACAAAAAAUGCAUUAACAAUGCUCACUCCAAUACAUACUGUACUAGGCUCGGCGUUCGUGCUAAGCCGCCUGCGUGGCACUCGGAAGAGAAUGGAAUAAAAAAGCAGAGUAUGGGAGAUUCCUCGGAAACUAUCGAAAGCAAAGAUCAAAAUAUCGAGACCAGCAAGAUGGCAACUCCGGAAGAGCCACGCCCAUCAAUACGCCUACGUACCAAAUCAUCGCCAGAGUUCUCCAGAAAGGAUCAAAAUGUUCAGAACAUCCGCUAUGAUGAGACAGAACAUCCGCUACAAAGGAGCUUCAAUUCACAAGAUGUUACGGAUUCGAUAGCAAAUGCAACCCUAACAGCACAGCAGGCUGGAAAAGAAUUAUUUUCAACUUUGGAAGAUGAAAACAGGACAGAAAAGCUGGAAAGUACGGUGCAAAGGCUGCAGAGUGAAAUUGACGACGAAGAAGAAGAACGAAUGGAGCUUUCUGCAGCCUUGAAGGAAACCAUUGAUUCAAACAAAAAAGCCAAAUUACAAUUAGCCAAGCAUAAAUCUGAGGAGAGAACUCAAGCACUCACUCUUUUGAUGAUACAAUAUCGCGCUGCUUUAGAAGAAUGCCAAGAAACCAAAGAGGAUUAAUUUCAAAAGGUGCAAAAAUAAGCCAAUACGAUUCAGCGCUAGAAGUGUUCCUACCGAUGGAAUAAUGAUUGGGAACUUGGAGUUUAAAGAAUGGGUAAAUGUUGGUUAUAAUUUUGAGGACAGAUUUGUUUAUGCUGUGCUUAAUAGUAGUUGUUGAUGUUUGCUCAGUUCGGUCUAUUUCACGUAAGAGUUUAUAUAAUAUAUAAAAGUCUUCUUCGAGUUAGCUGAACACUUUUCUCCAGCUGAGGUAUCGUCCUAAAACUGUAAUUUUGCUGUGAGAAAACUGUAUCUCCGAACAUUUAAGCAGUAAUGGAUGCUGGAAUCCUGUGAACUUUUCCUAAGCAAUGUAAUUUUUUCUAGAAAAUAUCCAAUGUUCUCCAAGUUAUUCAAUGAAGUUGAUAUAUCACAAUUUCAUUUCGAAUCUCUUAUAUUCAGAUCUGAAGCUCUCGGUUAUCGUAGGAAAAUACCGAAAAGCAAUAUUUCCCAUGCAAGUAUUUUCCAGCAAACUGUGCAUAAGAAUCAGCCCAUUUAUAGUAUUUCUGUAGAUUUAUCGACAUUAUUGCUUUAUUGUUGAAUUUGAUUGAAGUGACAGAUGUAGAUAUACGUUAUAUAUGAAUCCAAUCUUAAUGCUAGUAACAAUUGACAAUAUUGCCCUGAGUCUGGAAAUGAAGGCUUUAAAAAUCACUGAAAAUUUAGUCAAAAUAACCAAAUCUUUACAUUACUAGUUACAUUAUUUGAGAGGCAUGGAACAUGGACAAGUUAUGGGUUGUUCAGCUUUCGUUUUAUUUUGAAUAAAGAAGAAAAUGUUUUAAAUCGGAUAUAAUGUUUACGAAGGUGAAGAGUUGCAGUAUGAAUUGUUGAAAUUGAAGUGGUGCAAAGUAGCAAUAGGAUGGUAUAUUUUGCCAUUUUUUCACAAAUUGCGUUUGAUUUUCCGCAUUCCGUUACAUUUUCAGACUUAGAUAGAAUCUUAGCCUCUCUUUUCAAGUCUUUUCAGAGCAAAUAUAAUUCUUGGCUAGAGCAUUUAAAUUUCUUGAGUAUGUAAAAGAUAAAAUCAUUGUAUAGACCAUAUAUCAAGUCAGUAUUCUUUAUCAGUAUUUUUUAACAGCCUAUCAACAAUUCAUUAUAAAUAGCUUAUAUACAAAACUAGAUUGCUAAGGGUCUUGUUAAAGUUUCUUGCAAAGUUACAACCAAAUCCAAAAAUUAAGUGAAGCUGAUGAUUAGCAUGAGAAGUCAGACUCAAACACAAUAAUAACGAUAUGAAAAUGGACUAUCACUUAAGAUUCUGUUGCUGGAAACAGAAGAUCUCGAAGCUUUCUCGGUGAAAAACUACUAAUGAAAUAAAAUCCGACACAUUGAGUCAAUUAUGCUUACCGUCUUCUGCAAACUUUUACCUGAAACCACUUUGUGCCGCUCUUGUCAAGCGCCUCAGUAUUUAAUGAAGUUUGAUAUUUGGACGGAGGUUCUGUCAGGGCCUACUAACUGGGGGGAUGUUUUAACAUACUAACUAGGGGGAAAUUUCCCCUCCAACCCCAGUGUCCUUUCAUUGUUUUAAACGUUAGGCUGUUGCCCUCUUCUUUAUAAAUUCCAAUGAUUACCCCCAGCUAAUUUCCCUUCGAAAACGCUAUUGCUUCUGUCCCAAUUUGUAAUAAUUGUUUUCUUUGGCCCAUCCCUCCACUUGCAUGUUUGAUGAACGUCUUCGCAAAUUACCCUUUAAAUCAACAACUACUACUUCCUCAGUAGCGAAGAUCAGCUGCUUUUUCGAGGUUAUAGGCUCUCUGUUUGUCUCUUAAACAUAUACUUUGAGUAAUGUGCUGAUGAAACGAAGGUGCCUUUUUCAAGUAACGAUUUCUUAUCGCUGUAUAGCGGAAUAUGCAUUCCAAGCCUUGGAAAUGCAUACAUAUUUAGACUUCAAUGUAGUUAAUGAUAACAGUCACUAUUGCAGUGCAUUUUUUGUAACUGAAGGAAGAAUGCGACAAACUCGCCUUUUCGUUUUCAAAAGUCAAUGUGUUGCUUGGAAGAAAUGAGCCUGUCAUCCUUUUUUGAAAAUAAAUGCAAAAAUCAGCACAUUUUAUCUGCUUCUCAUACUGUUUAUCAGCUUUCACUGCUUUAUUUAAUACACAAAAAUUUUUAUGUUAUCAAAAAUCAAUGUUAUCGUUUAGAAAAAGAAAUAAAGAAUUUGCGAUUUGUACUUAAUUACCUUCAUUUAAUUGUAAUUUGCUUAUGAAAGUGAGGUUAUAUCUUAGUAGAAGUGUAGAAUAAACACGAAGAAAUUAUUUGCGGAGAUAUAUCUUCUUUUUGUUCGUUUUGAAAUUACUUUUUAGUUAAGAAAGUUUGUUUUCGUGAGAAGCUUAGAUGGCUUUGGUAAGAUGCUAUGUUUUUUCUUGAAAGGCAUCUUCCAUAUGCAGUAUAUAAAAAAAGAUGUUGGCUGUUAUUGAAGAUAUUAGUUAAUGUGAAAAUAUAUUAGGCUGUUUGGUAUAAUGUGAAGUAAUUUUAUUCCUGCAUGCAUAAGACGGGAUACAGAGCCUAUAGCCACCCACAAACCCCAAUUCAAAAGACCUUCCUGCACAACAUAUAUUGGUAAAUUG